CGGCACAAAGCCGAACAACAGCUAUAUCAAGGAAUUCAAGCUCCUCAACCGAGGCAUAGUUGAAUUGGUAUCACAUCGAACAUCUUGAACUACACCCGCCAACAUGUCUGAGCAGCACAAUGCCCCGCAGCCUACAUUGGAUCAUAUCGUGAUCCUCGUCUCAGCUAGCGACCUGUUGGAGCUUCCUGAGCGCCUCAAAGACUCAUUCGUUGUUAGCCCUGGAGGGACUCAUGCAGGUGGCGACACAUUCAACAAGCUGAUACUCUUUGAAGACGGCGUCUACAUUGAACUCAUCGCAUUCGUCGAGGGCAUCAGCCCCGAAGUGCGCGCAAAGCAUCGAUGGGGUGGCCAGCUGGAGAACACCAUUGUUGACUGGGCAUACACUUUGCCUCACGAAAGUGACUUUGGAGCUGUUCAGCAGAGAGUCAAGGAUGCAAACGCCGGGCUGACGUACAACGACCCGGUGCCCGGAGGCAGGACGAGGCCAGACGGAGUUGUUCUGAAGUGGGCUCUUGGCGUUGCUCAAGAUGCAAAUGGCAACGGAGUAGAACCUGGUCAUUUGCCUUUCUGGUGCCUGGACAGAACGCCGCGCCGCAAUAGAGUGCCCUAUGAGGAGGACAAGGCCCAGACGCAGCAUCCCUCGGGAGCGCACGGUAUUUCUCGGCUGCGCCUCAACCUGCCUGCAGAGCAGCUAUCGCAACUACAGAAGGUGUAUGCUGCGAUUCACAACGUUGAAAAUACAGCAGCAGGCGAAAAGGAGUGGCGGUUCAGCACUCCAAAUGGUUCGGCACAGGCGCGGCAUACGCUGGGAGUGGCCUCUGAAAGCGGGCCAAAGAUCAAGCUGGCUGUCAAGGGGAGCGUUGGAAGCCCGUCAUUCCUUGAGCUGCUGCCGAACAUUGUGGUGAAGUUUGAGGAAUAAAAGGUGCCAGCUGAGCUUGUCAUUUCACUUCAGAAUAUCUGACUAGGACUGGAGUAGGUAUUCCCGCCUGGGUAGGUAGGUAGGCAUAGAACGUUUCAAAAGCAACUAUAUGGCUAAGACCCUAGUUAAUGGGUAUUUUACAAUAUGGGAUUGAAUACAAAGAGCUACGCUUCACUUAUUUUGGGAAUCAGCAUUCACUUCUUCUGGACGUUGACAAUCGAACUUUGCAGUGGAAGUGAUGCCAUCUAUACAGUGUGCAAAUGAUUACUAGAUACAGUACGAGCUACAAGCAUUAGGCCAA